UCUGUAGAUAGAUGUAGGUGUGCUGCCGUUUUCCUGGUAACCAUGGUGUUUUUCUCAUCUCCUAGGUUACCUGUCGAGGAACUACACCGAGCAGGCGGGCGACGGCGACUUCCUGUCGGUCCACUGCCUGCCCCGCACCACCAUCGCUAUCCAAUCGGCUUUCUAUGGCAGGAGUGGCCCCUUCCACCCCCAGCAGGGCCCGUCCUACCACAGACCCACCCUUUUAGGGACACUCCCACUGGAGGAUGACUUGCAUUGUUACAUGUCCACAGCACUACAGAAAAUGUUGGAUGAGUGCCAGGACAGGAGGAGCUGUAAGGUCCUUGUCAACAGUCGUCUCUUUGGGAUGGACCCGUGCCCCAGCAGCAGCAAACACCUCAUUGUGUGGUACAACUGCAGGCCUAAUGAGUAUAAGAGCAAGGUGGCGUGCGAGGAGGAGAGAAUGAAGCUGACCUGUAAACGGGGAAUGCAGAUCGCCGUCUACUCGGCCAUGUUCGGUCGAACCCAGCAGGGUACCCUGGAGUGUCCUACCCACCACAGGAGGGCGUCGUCCGAAGACUGCCAGUCGGGCGUGGCUCUCCAGGUGUUGACGACACGUUGUCAGGGGAAACAGAGCUGUUUCGUCCAAGCGUCCACGCAAGAGUUUGGGGACCCCUGCUACUCGGGCACCAGGAAAUAUCUCAGUGCCAUCUACGCAUGUGGUAAGUCUCCAGUUGUACCGACACCUGAGCAGCAGUUUUUUUUACAUGACACCUAGUCCGCAGUUCUGUAUGCAGACAGUAGAGGGAGGUGUUCUCUCAUGUAUGUGGAUGGGGGGCUGAUGGGUACAGCUACGUUCUGUACGUUUUUGUCUGUCUCUUAGCUCUGUCGUCUGUCUGCCAGUAUCUCUCUCGCUUUCUCUUUCUCAUUCUAUCUCUCACUCUCUAUUUUGUCAUUCAUGUCUGAUGACUCUCUGAUGUGUAAGGAGUGGUGCUCGUUUAUGCUUUCUGUCUCGACGGAAGAGAGAGGGGCUUCCUGUCUGUCUACCUAGCCACCACACCCCCAGGCUAAUCCUGAGCUGUCACACUAUAACCCAUUAACAUACACACACACACACACAC